ACUUUUUUAAGUUUACAAGUUACGAUACACCCAAAGACCAAAAAUCAGAAGACCAAAAAAAAAACAGAGAAGACAUGAACUGUAUGUUCUUGUUCAAGUCCAAGAAACCUAAAUCUAGAAGAAAUCUUGAUAAGGAGAACAAAAACUCAAGAUUACAAAAGUCAGCUCCUGAAUUAACUACGAGAAGUUCGUCGUUGUCGUUCAGUCUCCCUACACCAAGAUCUCUGCCAUCUCCGACGAGUAUAAAAGACUUAUACACAGAGAGAGAACAAAAUCAUCAAAAUCUGAGGGUCUUCUCUUACAAUGAACUAAGUAACGCCACGUGUGGGUUUAGCAGAAAGCUAAAGAUCGGACAAGGUGGCUUUGGUUGUGUUUAUCAAGCCACCAUUGACAAUCCCACCGGAACAAGUUCUCAUUCUUCUCCACUUGCCGUCGCCGUUAAGAAACUCAAUCGACAAAGUCUACAGGGUCAUAAGCAAUGGCUAGCAGAGGUUCAGUUGCUGGGCGUAGUGAAUCACCCUAACGUAGUGAGGCUCUUAGGGUAUUGCGCAGAGGACACAGAGAGGCUUUUGGUUUACGAGUUGAUGUCUAAUCGUAGCUUAGAGGAGCAUCUCUUCACUCGAAAAACCGUAACGCUGUCGUGGAAACAAAGGCUUGAGAUCAUGCUCGGUGCAGCGCAAGGAUUGGCUUAUUUGCACGAAAUCCAGGUAAUAUAUAGAGACUUCAAAUCAUCAAAUGUGCUUUUAAACGAUGACUUUCAUCCGAAAUUAUCAGAUUUUGGUCUCGCUAGAGAAGGUCCCGAAGGAGACAACACUCAUGUUACAACCGCGAGAGUUGGAACAGACGGCUACGCCGCCCCGGAGUAUGUAGCAACCGGCCAUCUCAGGACACAUUGCGAUGUCUAUAGCUUUGGAGUUGUUCUGUAUGAGAUCAUCACUGGUCGCCGGACAAUCGAACGAAUGAAGCCUUUGGCUGAGAAGAAGCUUCUAGAAUGGGUCAAAAAGUAUCCUGUUGAUAGCAAAAGCUUCAAAAUGAUCAUUGACUCGAAGCUAUGCCACAAGUAUCCAAUUAAGAUGGUCAGGAGAGUGGCUAAGCUGGCUGAUCACUGUCUGAAAAAGAACGAUAAAGAGAGACCCACCAUGGCCUUUGUCGUCGAGAGUCUUAGAAAGAUCAUUGAGGAAUCAAAUGGAGCUAUGAGAAGUUAUUAGUGUUAGAGCCUAACUUUUUUUUGUUUUCUAAAGAGUAGAGAAUACUUACGAGCAAAUAUAUAUGAGAUGUAUGAAAAAGCCCAAGUAAUAUAAUAUUAAGCCCAUUAUCUAAAAGACUCGUUA